GUGUGUGUGUGUGCGCGCCACGGUGGCUGUGACCCCCUUCCCCGUCUCUCACGGGGACGCGCCCAUAGAGCUGCAGAUGCGUGAACGCGCCUCGUCCUGUAGCAUGGAUGCGAUCAGCGGAGGGACGAUGGAAGGUCGGUGUGAGGUUUCCUCCCUCUGCCCUCAGUUCUAGGAUCAGCAGCCUCACAGCGAGCCGGGCCUCCAGCCUGCAGGACGUUUGCUCCAAACACUGCUUCCAUGGACAGAACCUCCCCCGCCGGGCCGUGCUGCAUCUUCUGUCAUCCCUCCCACUGCAGACAACUUGCCUGAUGAUGCCCACUUCUGACUGGCUGUAAUCUAGAGGCCAGAGGACCCAGACACGAGACCCCGCUGAACAUAGAAAUCAGUUUUUGUUGGAUCACCUGCGACCAUGGCGGCGGCAGGCUACGGCUACUACCGCGUGGUCAUCUUCAUCUGCAUGUUCAUCGGCUACUCGCUGUACUUCUUCAACAGGAAGACCUUCUCCUUCGUCAUGCCCUCUGUGAUGGAGGAGGUGGAGCUGGACAAAGAUGACUUGGGUCUGAUCACCAGCAGCCAGACCAUGGCCUACGCCAUCAGUAAGUUCAUCAGCGGCGUGCUGUCCGAUCAGAUCAGCGCCCGCUGGCUCUUCUCCAUCGGCCUCUUCGUGGUCGGAGGCAUCAACGUGGUCUUCUCCUGGUGCUCCACUGUGUCCAUGUUCUCUCUGCUCUGGUUCAUCAACGGUCUGGGACAAGGCUGUGGCUGGCCCCCCUGUGGGAAGGUGCUGCGCAAGUGGUACGAGCCCUCCCAGUUUGGGACAUGGUGGUCUGUGCUGUCCUGCAGCAUGAACCUGGCUGGGAGUCUGGGCCCGAUCCUGGUCACGGUGCUGCUGCAGUACUACGACUGGAGGACCAUCCUGACCAUGUCGGGCGUGUUCUGUGCUGCCUUCUCCUUUGUUUGUUUGGUGUUUGUGAAGAAUGAGCCGACGGAUGUGGGUCUGCCCAGCGUCGAGGCAGCAGCCAAGAAAGGGGUGAAGAAAGGUAACGGUGAGAGCACCCUGAGCGAGUUCCUCCUCUCUCCCUUCCUGUGGGUGCUGUCUCUGGGGUACUUGGUGGUGUUCGGAGUGAAGACGGCAGCCACCGACUGGGGACAGCUGUUCCUCAUGCAGGAGAAAGGCCAGACCGUUCUCAUGGGCAGUACCUACAUGAGUGCCUUGGAGGUGGGAGGUUUUGUGGGCAGCCUUGCAGCAGGCUUCAUCUCAGACAGAGCUGUAGCUCGGCAAGGCCUGGGCACCCACGGUAACCCUCGCCAUGGCCUGCUCAUUGCCAUGAUGGCUGGCAUGUAUGUGUCCAUGUACCUCUUCAGAGUGACCAUCACCCCUGAGGUCCCCCAGGAGGCUCCUCUUUGGGUCCAAGUCAUUCAUCCUGUGUCUGUCCUCAUCGGGGUGUCAGAGAAAGAGAUUUGGAUCCUGCUCCUCGGCGCUGCGUUUGGAUUUUCUUCUUACGGACCAAUUGCCUUGUUUGGGGUGAUAGCCAGUGAAAGUGCUCCUUCAAACUUCUGUGGAACUUCUCAUGCUGUUGUAGCUCUGAUGGCUAACGUGGGGGCCUUCAUGGCGGGGCUUCCCUUCAGCACCAUUGCCAAGCAGCACAGCUGGGACAUGGCCUUCUGGGUGGCCGAGGUGGUCAUGGCCGUCGCUACUGUCGGGUUCUUCCUGGUGCGGAACAUGCGCACCAAAAUGGGACGGAUUGCUGAGAAAACGGACUAAAGUGUCUUGUAGAAACGAGCCCGGUGUCGGUGUCCUGCUGGUGACUCAACAGAUGGUGUUCUUGCACUUUUGAUGGCUGAAUACUGCACAUUAUUACAACUCCAGUUCGACCAAACACAACGACAAACGGACUAAUAGGAGGACAUGUAGACACUCAGGGUGGGUAAAUCAUCUUAAAUUCACAGUCAGUUAACCACACACAGCUUUAGUCUUCACAUGCAGUCACAUUUCGUUGCUCUAUGACGACUGUAUACACAAACAUGAAGGUCUUUAAGUCUGUAGGAGGAUUUUCUCGUGUCCGUGCUGCUCGUUGCAUCCUCACUUCUGUUGAACUUAAUGAAUGUUUACUGAACAGUCUGUAUUUUCUAGGAUCCUUGUCUAUUAGCACAAACGUGUUAGCAUGUUCCAGCAUUCUUGUCACUAAUACCUCAAGUAUUUUUAAAAUCCUGUAAGGCGCAUUGUUUCGUGAUUAGAGAAUGUGCUAUUUUUCUACACACUCGGAUGCUAAAUGAUACAGAAUAAUGGUUUCGUGCAUUCUUCGUAGGCCUUUCUGAUCCCACAUGUUUCUAUUGACUGACUGAUUAAACAGCAGCUGAUAAUGUCGCUGCCACUGUAGUUGUGAAAAGCACUUCCAGCAGCAGAUUGUUCUCUGACACGUCUGUCAUCUGUCAGCUCUGACGUUAAGGAGUCUGCAGUAGCCUGUACCAUUUGGGUACAUCUGUGUCUUACUGGACUUGUACAAUGGACUCUCCAGAAUCUAAUAAAUCUGAAUCUACUGAG